AUGCAUCGUCUUUUUGCUGAGCUGGAGCCAUCUUUAACCGUCAUAGAGCAAAACCUGGCAGACCGAGAUCGGUAUAUCUUGCGCUCAAAUAUAUUUGAUGUCGCCGAAUUCGAACGGCUACGACGUGAGGCUGUUCCCUCAUCGGAUGAAAAUGCUACGGCUGAGUAUACGGCGCCACAAAUUGCAGAGCAACCCGCAAACGUGAAUACCGCCGUAAAUACCCCAGUUGUGGUUGAUUCAAACGACAAUGUAACAGUCGCCCAGGAACUGGAAUUAAAGCAUAUGAGGAGUACAUUGGAAGAGGCGAUUGUGGAAACGCGCAGUACGCCUCUUGAAAAUCGACCGCGACUUCCCCGCAUAGCCCUAAGCAAGCGGAAUCGGGCUGUCGUGAGGGCUCUGAACCCAAUGCUGGUGACCUAUUUGGAAGCCAGUCGGGACCUUUGCGAGACGGAGUCAAUACUUUUUGGCGCCGCGCUGGCAGUCUGCCGUAUCAUAGGCGCCAAGGUUUCCACGGCUGGACGCGCUACUGGCCAAAGUAGCGCUAUUCCAGCAUGGAGAAGAAGAAUUGAGGAACGUAUCGUAAAGGCUAGAGCUCUCAUCGGCAGACUGAUAUGCUUCAGAUCAGGCAAUAACAGGCCAAGAAUAGUGCGCAACUUCAGGAUGGCGUUUGCGGGGACAAAUAGUGAUCAGAAGAGGCUCUACGAAUCAUUGGAGCGACCAAUGGUAAGUGGAACGGGCCCAGCACCGAAUCAGGCCGACACUAUAGCAUUCUGGCGCGGCUUGUGGUCAGAGCCCGUAAACCACAGCGAGGGCCCUUGGACGGAAGUUGUGGCGAGUCAGUGUGCGAAUAUAACGCCCAUGGACCCCGUCAUUAUAACACCGGAUGACGAAGCUGAGGUGGUCCGUAGGGCCCCGAACUGGAAAAUUCCGGGACUCGACGGGCUACAUCACUACUAG